UUUUGGCAGGUGUUGACAUAUUUUAGACACUUGUGAGAGAGUAACUUAAUUUUGCGCUCUAAUUACCGAAACAAUUCGGAAAGCGUGUGGAACAAAGCUAUUGCUACAAUGUCUACUAAACUGUUUGGCUGGCCACCAUUUUUUGUUAAGAUUUGCAAAUGUUGCAACUCUGAAAAUUGCAUUCCAACCAUAUUGAAUGCAUUUUGCUGGUUGCUGCUCGCAACUCUGUAGAUUUAUGUUUAUUACCAAUUUUUCCACAACUAAUCCAAAUGUAAUUAAAAUAUAUCACCAUUUAACCAAGCAGUGCCAAUAAAUUUACCAUCAGUGAAAAAAAAAAUAAGUUAGUGCAAUUGUGUUAGCUAUAGCCAGCCGGCGACUUCAGUCACUGCACCACACCAUAAUGAACAUUACACGUAUUCUAGGACAAAAUAACAAGAUCUAUCAAAAAUUUGGCGACUAUUGUAUUACAGAGACGGAACCGAAUCAAUGCAGUAUCAUUUGCUGCUUCUGUCAGGAAGAGCACCACAGCGAAAACGCUUUUUGGGCGCACGUACAACAGUUGCAUGCCUAUGCGCCAGCGCGGCUCUGCAUAAUGCGCGAUACACCAACGUUAACUAGCUGCGAAGGUGACAGCGAAAGCCAUGACAAUUCGCCAAUUGGCAAUGACUGUGAAUCCACCUUGACCACUGCCAAAACGACUGCGCUUCAACCGGUAGCGAAUGAUGCACCAAUGUAUGUGGAAGCUGAAUACUUGGAAAGUGUUGUACUAAAUGAUCCAAAUACGCUUUUGGAACUAACCGGCAUCAGCAAUACGUUUCUCGAUUUUCAAGAGCAAAAACCAAAUGGAACUCAGGGCGCAAUAGAGACUGGCAGCCAAGAAAAGGAAAAUGUACAGCAGGCUGAGCGCAACCUUUUGAACAAAGAAGAUAAGUCGCCGCAUUUAAAAGGCAUACGAAAAAUCAUAGAUAUCGAUAAACUCACACCGAAGCAAUUGCUAGAGAAUGGCGUUCUGUUAAAAAGCCUUUUCCAGCAAAUGCAACGCGCCAGCAAUGAGUUUAAAUAUAAACUCAAUAAGCUUACACAGGCCGUACAGCUAAUUGAAAGUGAGCUGAAGAAGGAACCUGGUAGUCGUACGCUCAAGCGCUACAUGAAAAUCAUACCAGAUCAGCCAUUUACCAGCCGUGAUGAAGUGCUCAUAUUGGACGAUGAGCUGCAUCAUAGCAAAGAGAUGCGUGACGCAUUGCACGAAGAAACAAUCGCAUUAGCUGCUGAGAAUGCAGACGUUUUCUGUCGCAUACUCUGGCGUUUUAUUAUGACAGAUGAGGUGUCGAAUCAAUUCUGCUGGCGUGGUGUUGUAAAUGCCGACAAAGUUAUAAAAUAUCCAAUCAAGGAUAUGACCAUGAUGGAUGUGUUUCAAGGAGUUUUUCGUGAAAAGUUUCCUGGCCAAACGCUACACUUUUUCAAGGAUCGCACAAUGACCUACUUCAAUAAAGCCCACGAGCGUCUGAAACGUAAACAAUUGAACAAAGCUGAUGUUAAUGGUGCGGAAAGUAAUGGCUGUGACUUGGUCUGUACCAAGGUAUUGUCAAAGGCACAGGAAAGUGAUUAUAAGCGCGCCCGUAGUGAUGCGGUUAAGAAUGAAGAUGGUGUGGACUCGGUAUUUGAGGAAGUAUUUUGUGAAUGAAAAACAGCGGAAAUAUGUUAGGAUUUUACGGUACAUCAAAUCAAAGUGGAGCUGCAUAUAAGAUUUAUACCAAGUCGGUGUUGAAACCCAGACAUUAACUUUCCAGUUUUUUCAACUCUAAAAGCCUAGUAACAAAUACGGAGUAAAAGGCUUGAAUUACAUUUUUGAUCUCAGGAGAUAUACAUACAUACAUACCGUCGUUUAAAGUACCGCAAAACCGCGUAACUGAC